GGUAACUAUAUAAGGACAUGCAGCCCCGCUUUGGUCGAAAUAACAUUGAAUUUUCAGAAUCACUAUCAUGCCAGUAUACAGGUUUGAAGGCGAUGUAAACAUAAACUGUGUUUACUCUCCUGGAACAUGGCUUAUUAAUCGAGACAAUCUAUAUUUGACCAUAGAGGUUUUUGGAAUAAUCAAAAGAACACGUUUGCUCAACGCUAUUUUUCCACUUCUCAUCCACGAAAAGUUUUCAUUCGAUAAGACUUUUUAUACUGCUCUUUCUGCCUGCAACGUGGUGGAUAGAUUAGAAGAUUACACUGUAACAAUUGAAAUAAGACAAAUUGCAGAUGUUUAUCUUGGAGGAACACUUUUAGCAUAUUACUCGACAAAUGCCAAGGAAUUUUUCUCACCAUGUUCAAAAAUGUGUUUGAGAACUAUUCCUAAGAGAGAUUUGCUGAUGCUUAAGACGAUUGAUUUCCCAGGUGUUUCCCCGAGACUAGAAUAUUCUGUUAGUUCUGCUAUCAAAUGUCACCCAGCUUCGUGUUAUUGCACUUGCUGUUAUUCCUCUCCACAGUGCUGCUGUUACGAUCCAUGCCUUUACAAGCCAAUGACACCGACACCAAGUUAUCAUCGAGCCACAGUUAACAGUGCUUUGAGAUGCCGUUAUCCUGAAUCUGAUGGGUCUAAAUACACUAUAGCAUCUGAUACUGCUAGUCAUAUAGCGAAGUCACAAAGUGCUUCAAGAACCUCUAGAAGCCCAAAGAGAAGACCCAACGUGAAUGGACCAUAUUCGUAUAGAUCUCAAUGUCGACCGAGAUCAUUAUCUGCGCGUGGUUAUCAAAAUUACAAUGAAAUUUCGCCUAUUAAUUCAUUAUCUACAUGGGAUCUUCGUGAACGAACAAUUCGAGAUGCACAAGAUCGCAGUGAUCGUUAUUGGCAUUUGUAUAGAUUUUGGCAAAAUGAAUAUGAUAGAUUACGUUUACAUAGAUGUUAAAGUAAAAACAAGAUGAUUGGAUUAAUUGGGUUCUUCCUUAAAGAAAAACUUUUAAUGUAGAUUACUAUUACUUUUACUAUUGGAACUUGAAUCUAUUCUCUUUCACAGCAUUAUCCAUUUAGAUAGAAUUACAUUAUUUUAUAUGUAUACUAUUGGUCUGUAUAAUACUUGUACAAGGUACUUGUCAGGAACAAAAACACAUAGAAAAACAAAUGUUCAUUUUGUUUUUCUUUUUAGUUCUACAGAUUAUAAUUGAAAUAAUUGAUAACAAUUUUGAUGACAUAUAUACUACUUAAUUUUUAUUUAGAUCUACAAUAGAUUUUUUUAGUAUUAAUUAUUAUACUACUGAUUAUACUGAUUACUUAUAAAAGAAGAGUGUGAACACUUUAUUAUUAUUAUUAUUGUAUUUUUUUAAAAAAAAGAAACAUUCUUUUACAUCUUUAUUUUCUAUAUUCUAUAAACAUAUCUAUACACCAUUUUAUUAAUAUAAUGUGCCUUAAAUUCAAAUCAUAGAACUGAUGAAUAGAUAUACUACUGAAAUACAUCUAUCUAGUAAAUUCAACGAAGAAAACAACGGAAUAGAAGUAUUAUAUUAAGAUUUAUAAAAAAAUUAUCUUCUAUACAAUAAUAACAACAAAAUGAAGACCAGAUUUUGAAUUAUCUAGUUCAUAUUUAAAAUAAUCUAUGGUAUUUUUAUCCUUAUUUUCUUUCGAUUUCAUAAUGAUACUGUUUACUACUUAUUAUAUGAUAUUUCAGUAGUAUAAAAUUACAAACUAAAAAUGUUUCUAUGGAUAUAUAUUUAAUUUUUGAAUGUAUGAAUUAGUAAUGUUUUAAUUAUGAAAUUAGUGUAAUAAUAAUAAUAAUGAAAUAUAAAG